CAAAUGAUUAUAUAUAGAAUACUUGUUUCUGAUGAAAUCUGUUGAUAAACCUUUCAAGGAAUGACGCUUGCGUGCAUUUCAAGCCUAUUAUACCAUUAGGCGGAAGACAAUUGACGUUUACUGAAUUUUUGUGAGGAUAAACUAUAGAAAACAGAAAUGUCAAAUUAUACAAGAGCGGGCGGCAGGAAAGCAUCAACUAAGAAAGGGCCUUAUAGCAAUCGAAACAACGUUCAACAAGAUGCAAACAAUCAAUCUGAGACUCUUGGGAGAAAUGAAAACCAGGAUAUGGAUACGACCAAACAAAGAGACAAGACAACUCCAGUUGAAAGGAAAGGUCAACCCACCUCACCGCACGAGCGAGGCGAGGAGAUGAUGGAAACUGACGAAACUGCACCUCCGUCGACAACAUUCCAAACAGGGCCAAAACAAGGCUCAAACCGCCCUACUUGUCAGUAUCCAGUUGACCACGAUGCAGAUAUAAGUCACAACGUUGGACCUUCUUCUCCAAGGCAUGCUCAGGCGCAAGAGAUGUUACUUAGACAAAAAGAAGCUAGCAAGCAGAUGUUGUAUGGAGUGUUUGGAAACGUCAUCACAAUCUUGGAGGAGCACGAAAAACGCACUUCGGCUAUUGGCAAAGGGAAAAUGAAACAAUCAGACAUCCACAUACCAGACCAGUCAUGGAAGACAAACGAAGAUGUGAAAGCGAACGUUGAGACGCAAUUAUUACUCUUUCAAACCCAGAGUAAAUUUUGUCCCGAAGAAGUGAGACUGUCUGUAAAUGAUGAACUGAGACUUAAAACUAUUGCCUGGUUUGGAGUCAGAGAGGACUCAAAACUGGACAUCGGAGAAACAGACGAGUUUGCUUGCAGGCUGUAUGAAAUUCUGGUCAAAGGGGCGACACAGCAUGAUAUCUUAGACAGGCCUAGGUCACCAGUAACAGAGAAAACAAUGCGAGAGACUUUGCCUGGAAUUCUCAGAGGCAAACACGAUGCGCGUGAGCUUGACGAUUCUUUCAAAAAGGACAAAAACAAGAAAGCUGAAACACCUAAAACACGUCAGGCAGAAGUCGAUGAUGCUUACAUGAUGGGAUUAUCACGUAUCGAGAGGACCGAACCAAAGUUGAAAAAAUUCCUGGACGAGGAUUUUUCACUUAUUCAAUACAUGGGACCAAAAAGCAUUUGCUAAUUAAAACAACUGACUAUCAAACAACCUUGAACAUUUAUUACACAUACUUUUGUUAUCAUUUUGAUGUUGAAAUAGUGUCUUUGGUAAACGAUGAUCUAACUCAGUUAAUGUAAAUUUAAUCCCCCAAUAAAGUUUAGUUUUUUUGUACGAAAUAAAUACUUGUACUAACCUUCCUUAAGAAUAAGAACCCAUAAUUAAAUAAUGGAGAUUAAUGUGCCAGGCUUUGUCCUGUCUUUAGAUUUAGGAUUUGAAUUGAAAUUAAUGUUACGGCUUCGAACUACUGGAUAUAUUGUAUAAUCAGACAUAUUUUUAAUAUAACAUAUAGUAAAUUGUUCAAAAUCUGGAAAAUUACAGUCUGGUAUAAUUACCUAGUUUUAUCAUGUAACUAUCUACUUCCUACCGAUUUUGUGAAACGUAUUACUCAAUUGUAUGCUUAAAUGUGCAACUAAAGUAGGUAUUAGGUAAUGCUUUCAAUUUCAUCAUCAUUUUUUUUAAUUAUUACUUAUUCUUACUACCUGUUUGUGUUGUUAUGCACUUUGGUUCAUAAAAUAAAUUUUUAAUGACGUAAUAACAACAAAAGCAAGAAAUUGUUUAUGUGACGUCGUCAGUAAAAAAAUGACAUACAGAGGAAAACGUGACAUGUUCAUUUUUGCAAAAUUUUGUGCCACAUAAGCAAGCAAUCAUUGCUAUUUCAUUUUUUUCGAAAUUAACCUCUCAUUGAAAGUUUACACAAUGUUUGGUAUACGUUUCAUUUUAUUAUCCAAACGCUUGUUUAUUGUUUUAUAGAUGCAUAAUACGAAUACCUAAAGGACUCGUUAUCGCAAACUAAGUCACACUUUUCUUAAAAAUGUAAUACAUCCCGGAAGGCCGAUCUUUUGUAAGCUCAAACUAAUACAGAAAGUAUGUAUCGGUUUUCAUAUGUUUAAGCACUAUCAAUGACUGGGAUUAUAUUCAAUGUUCAGGGUUAUCGCAGGGAACGCCAGAAGGCAACAAAACCUUCUACAUUAAUGUCGCUUUGUACCAUCUGGCAUUUACCUCGGGCGAUAGCAACACCUAAACAAACUGUGCUGUGGAGCACCAUUAAACCACUGUUGCGAAAUUUAUUUAGGUUUUAGGAUGCAGACGCAGGUCUGCCGCCUUACCAUCGGUAUGGAGAAUUCAGUGAUAUCAAGCAUAGUUAUUUUCUCUUCUUGCCGGGUUUGCAUGCAAGCCCGUCGCUGAUGUCUUUAUACUUUGAGGUAGUUUGUGCUUCCAAAUGAUCUCUCUACAAAAAGCCUUUGAUUUUUUGUCGAUAAUCAGAACAAUAAAUAUAUUAUACAUUU